CAAAAAAAAAACGAGUGCCAGUAAAGUCGUUAAACCUAUGUCAGAUGACAAAUUAGCCAGUUUUGCUGCAAUAGUGGUUCCUUUGUUAAGUUUUAUUGGGGUGAUUGGAAUGAUUGUUGGAGUUAACGAUGAUAUUGAUCGAUGUAAGAGCUCAAAUAAUUCACUACAGAUUUGGGUACGUUUUUUUGUUGAAUUUAUUACUGAAGAGUGGACUAGUGCUAAUUGUACUAAUUAUCCACUGUCAGCAUUUAGUGAUUGUCCAGUGUUAGAGGAAUAUACAUAUAAUAUGGGAGCGAGUGCUAAUGGACAUUUCAGAGUGGAUAUUCCAACUGAAGUAUAUGCUUGUGUGUGGUUUGUUGCAGUUUUAUUAUCAAUUCCAG